AUGCACUCAAUAUGGUCAACAAAUAAUAAAAAAUAUCAUACGCAUUCGAAUCAAACGCCACAUUGUUAUACAAGGAUCGAUAAAACUAAAGUUUUUCAUCUAACUAGCACGACAACUUAUCAUGAUAAAUCGUUAGCAUUAGGCAUGCAACAAUUCCGAGUCGACUCGAUUCCAAUUCUAGAAUUGGUUGGAAUCGAUCGAAAUUGGCCCGGAAUCGAACAGCUUCCUUCAUGCGUGAAAGUUGUUAACUAUGGCAUGUCAGUUCCAAAUCAAUUCCAGUCAAUCCUAGUGAGUUUCAACCAAUUCCAAUCCCCGUUCAAUUCCGAUUCUAAUCCUAACCAAUGCCCUUCGAUUUUAGAAUUGGAAUCAAAUUGUUUGGAAUCGAGAUUGGUGCGUGCCAAAUUGGCAUACAUGGCAAAAACGAAAGCUUACCAAGAAAUUAACAAUGAUCUCAAUCCAUGUAUUAAUAAUUUCCAGCAAAUUAUUUCAUUAUUAAAUCCGUUAUUGAAGAAUAACUCUAUUAAUCUUAGCCGAUGA